GCUUUUCUAUACUACGAAAAAAACUUAUCUCGAAAGCAGCACUGAAAUUAACGCCUUGAAAAAACUUUUAAAAAGCUGUGAACUUAAGCAUUAAUUGUUCAUAAUGUGGCAGGAAAAUAUCGAAAGGCCGAACAAGCUGCUCAUAUUGUGUCUAUUUGGAUUUGCAAUUGUCCUGAAGCUUGUCAUCCUUGUACUGGAAUUCGUAUAAUCUUACCAGCAAACGCAAACGCACUUGAUUAACAAAUGGUCAAUUUACCUGCAAUGGAAGAAAGUAUUAAGUAAUUAGAAUUUUUGUUUUCUUUUGCGAUGUGAAAGGUGUGCAAUUUUUUAUAUGAUUUCAUUAGCAGAAAUAAAAGUAAAUACCGGCAAUUGUGCCUUUUGCCACCUUAACCACU